AUCGACUAAGGUCUUAACCACAAAAUAAAAUGUGAGAAUUUUGAAAAUUUCAUAAGUUAAAUCUUAAUAAUAAAUAUUGGCUAGAAUAAAUAUUUUUAUAUUACAUACACACAUAUAUAUAUAUAUAUAUAUUAUCAACUUAAAAAUUUGCUAUUUUAUGCAUUAAUUUUUGAUAGUACUCUAUUCACAUUUUUGGUUAAGUUUUCGAUCGAUCGAUUAUGGUAUUUCAUUGCAAACAGUUACGUCUUUCAUUGUAAACUAUUAUAAACAGUCCUAACAUUUUUACAUUAUUCUAUUCAUUCUUGAAUUUAGUGAAUGUGCUUUAUGAGAUGAUAACGAAUUUGUAAUUUGCUUGACAUUUCUUUUAAAUUAAAAAAAAAAAAAAAAAAAAAAAAAAAAGAAAGACACACCAUGGCUGAUUCAUCUUACGAAAAAGGAUUGACUGAACUUUCGAAAAUGAAGGUUGCGAAUUUGAAAGUAGAAUUAAAACAAAGAGGUCUUCCUACAACAGGAAACAAAAACGAACUGGUUGAAAGGCUUCAAUUAGCGAUACAUGGUGAUUCUGCAUUAUCUUUGGAUGAAACAGCAGAGGAAAUAUUAGAUGAAGAUGCAGUUCUCGGUGAUGAAGAAAUAGAAGAGUUAUCAAGUAAACCAGAUUCACAGGAGAUCAAUGAGAAAAGAAAGUUGUCAGUAGAAAGUAAUGUGAGUAAUACAAAAAAAAUAGUUUUAAAUCGUAAACCUGUGAUUGAAGAUGUUAAGAUGGAUGAAGUAGAGAAACAUGACAAUGACACAAAAUCUUCAGAAAAUGCAUCUCCUGAGAAAAAAAUUAUAAAAUUAUCAGAGCUUGGUACCAAGGAGAGAUUAGAAAUGAGAGCAAAAAAGUUUGGAUUACCAUUAUCAGAAGCAGCAAAGAAGGAAGCUCGAUCAGCAAGAUUUAGUAUUAAUAAUCAAAAUAACAAAUCAGCUGCAUCUGUGAAAACUCCUAUACACACAACUUACGAGGUCUUAAAGAAACGUGCAGAAAGAUUUGGAAUGUCAGUUUCUAGUGUAAUGGAUAAGGCUGAAUUGGAAGCACGAAUAGAGAAGAGAAAAGCUAGAUUCGGAGAAGUGAAACCAAUCGAGAAAGUAUUUCCUAAUAAAGUUAAAAUUGUUAAAUGAUAUUCGUUAUUGUAUACUAAGAAAGUAAUUUAGAUUACAACAUAUCUUGUUUUUUCAAUAAAAUAAUAAUAUACUAUAAAGAUAGCGUAUACCUAUUAAACAACGUGUUAAAGCAACUGCGUUUCAAAGGUAACAGUAUUAUAAUGUGGAUAAAUGAAUUUCACAUGCAAUGAUAUUCCUCGUAACUUAUUUAUAAAAGUUCUUAUAAAGCGUAUCGAAGUUUUCAUUCUUUAGCAAUUAAAGAAUAAUGUAUUGUUUUAAUAUGUAAAGAUAUUGCUAUGUAAAUAAAAAGCGCACAUUUUUAAAGUUGAA